AUGAUUAGGCAACCGGGGAUUGAACCUCACCUACACUACAACUACGAACGUGGAAAGGGCAUGGUGCAGCCAGCCAGCUGCAUGCCUGGCCUCGAGGAGUGGAUUCAUUACGGUCAAUACCAAGAGCUCUUGAAGAAAAAGAAGAAGGAAGUGUUUGACCCCAAAGAGAGGCCGUCUGAUUCUAGGUGCAUACCAAGGAAAAGGAGUUGA